GAAAUCUCUUCUUUUGGUACCAUUAGAUUAAGUAUAUACCAUUAAACUAAACAGCCUGAAGACUAUAAUGAUUAACGAUACACUUAUAUCCAAACAAGGACCUUUAGGAUAUGUAUGGCUUGCGGCUAAUUAUGAUAAGAAAUUAACUAAACAUCAAUUAUUGAAUGCCAAUAUUCAAGAUUCAACUGAAUUCUUAGUCAACCUGUCCAUAAGUUAUCAAGGUAAUAAUAUUCCAACUAAUCAAUUGUCAGAAACACCAACAACAAUACCAACAACUACCACUACCAUAACAUUAAGAUUAUCAGGACAAUUACUUUUAGGAAUAGUUCGAAUUUAUUCUAGAAAGACCAAAUAUUUAUUAGAUGAUGUUAAUGAUAUUUUAUUAAAAUUAAAAACUUCGUUUAAAUACGCUAGUGGAAUAAGCCUAGGAGGAAUAGAUAGAUCCACAUUAAACAAUCAAAUAACUUUAAAUCCUAAAGAUACAAUAAUUUCAAACGUUAAAAGUAUUACAUUACAAGAUCAAGUUACUCAUUUUGAUUUAUUAUAUCAAGAUGAUUUAAAUUUAGAUGAUGAUAUAUCAGUACCAAAUUCUAAUACAACCGUUGAAAAUAUAGGUCAAUUAUUUAGUCAAGCCUUAAGUCAAAGUCAAAAUCAGAAUCAAAAUCAACGUCAACAAGAUGAUUCUACUACUUUUGAAUUUGAUGAUGAUUCUAUAGAAUAUGGAAGAUAUGCUGAACCAACCACACCAGGAGGUCAUGCAAUUGAUCUUGAAUUAGAUUUCGAACUUAAUGAUGAUGAUUAUGGAGAUGCCUUAAAUUAUGAUGACCAUUCAAUUGAAGUAGGAAGAAAUGCUUCACAACUUGAUAUCGAUGAUAAUGAAAUUUCAACUUUAUCAAUUAAUGAUAAAGAAAAUACAUUUGAUUUAGGAAAUCCUCUUGAAACAAUUGAUGAACCUGGACUUGAAGUCGAUGAUGGUUCAUCUACUCCACAACCAGAAGAAGCCAAUACACCACCUCCAAUACCCACUAUAACUAGACCAAGACAAAAGAGAACUGGUAUAACGUCAGAAGGAGAAAUAAUAACCAAUAAAAGAAAAUUAAAAAUUGAUACACUUGAAGAUUUAGAUGGAGGAAUUUCAAUCCAAACUCUUAAAGAUAAUCAAGAAAGAUUAUUAGCAUCAAAUCCUGAUUAUUUAACAAUAAAUUUAUCUGAAUCAGAGAAAAUGCAAUUAAUUUAUGAAUUAUCAGCACCACCUAUUCCAAAUAAAAGAAGAAAAUUAUGGAAUAUUGAUGAACAACUUCAACAAAGAUGUUUAGAAUUAUCCAGACAAGAAGAACAACGAUUAGAAGAACAACAUAAUUUACAAUUUGAUAAUGGAGAUUAUGAUGAUUUUAAUCAAGAUUUGGAUUUUGAUAUUUCCUUACCUGAUUUUGGAGAUAAUGAUGAUAUUGAUGGAGAUAAUAAUCAAUUUGCAUCUCAAGAUGAUAUUGAAGAUGAUAACAACAACAACAAUAAUAAUAAUUCAAGUACUAUUAAGGGUACAACUCAAGUAGCUGAAGGUAUUCGUGGACUUCUAAAUGAUAAACCAAUAAUUCAAUUAACUGAUAUAAUUGAAAAAGAUUUAAAAAUCUCCGAAACAGAUUCGGAAAAGAAUCCUUUAGGAACAAUUUACAAGCAUGGAGUUAAAGAAAUCAAUAUGAAGAGAGAAGCUACUAAAUGUUUCUUUGAAUUACUUGUAUUAGCAACCAAUGAUUGUAUAGAAAUGAACCAAGACAAUAAUACUAAUACCAUUGGAGGUUCAAUAGAUAUUAGAUCAAGAGAUAAACUUUACCAAAACUUUAUAUAGACUAAUAUAUAUGU